AUGGAUGGCCGGGCCGCAGGGAGAGGGGUUGAUGGCGUUGCGCGUCACGCUCAAGGGCCAAGCAGGCCAUCUGCAACUGCAACGAGAGGAGGUCGUCCAAGCAGCCAAAGACCCUUUUCCAACCCGUCACAGGACGUCGCGAAUCAGGUUCGGGACAGGCGAAGGCCGGCCUCUCUUUCGUCUGGCCGACGGGUGAUUGCUACUACCCGUGCCAAGUCUGCGUAUCAAGUCGGCUAUUCCAAGGAUUGCACCUUUGAGAAAGGAGACACCAUCAAUGUCUUUGAAAUAAAAGACCACAACUGGUGGUUUGGUCAGAAUAUACGGACGGGCCGGAGUGGGGAGUUCCCUUGCAGCUAUGUGACAAUAAUAAAAGGCAGCACCGGUAUGGGCGUUCUGGCUAGGUUUCGCCCUGUACAUGAUUUCAAAGCCCAGGAGAAAGGCGACCUGGACAUACUGGCGGGCCAGACGGUCUUAGUCACUGAACUGUCAGAAGACGGCUGGUGGAAGGGGAGAGUCGAGGACUCCAACGGCCCUGAGGGGAUGUUUCCCCGGACCUAUGGUGUAGUCAUCCGAUCAUCCAUCCCGAAAUCUCGCCCACAGUUCUGGAAGGGCCCUAAGAGUGAAUUCGAGGCGUACAGCCAUGUUGACUAUAAGGGCGAUCUCCACUUGGGCUUGUCAUUCAAAGCUGGGGACAGACUGCUCAUCUACGUCCGGCUCAGCAGUUUGCUUUCAUGGGGCGCUAAUGCCAUAGCCAGCUACGACGGCACCGUCCUUGCAAACUUGGCUUUCGCGAAGGGUGAUAUACUUGUGGUCAAACACAUCUUGGACUAUGAAGUCGCAUGGGCAAGAAACAGCAAGACAGGCUUAGAGGGUCUUUGCCCGGAGGCUCUCAUUCAUAUGCCCGCCGCCCCGUCAGAGAAGAAAGUCUCGAAACCCCAUAUUAUUUCACCGUUUUCACCGAAUAAUGUGACUGCAUUAUAUACUUGGCCUGGAGAGUCAACAGAGGAUUUGCCAAUUGUCAAAAAUGACCGGAUAUGGGUCAUUGAAACUCUGGGUGACGAUUGGUUAAAGGGCGUUAAUGGGCGCACUGGCAGGAUAGGCGAAUUUCCGAGAACCUUCGUUCGCUUCCAAGAGGUCACAGACUCUCAAGGUAAGAGAAGUUCUUCGGGGAAUAUCGAAACGUUAGCUGCCUCUCAACCUCAACCGGCCGCUGCCACUUCAACGAAACGUAUUCAAAUACCACCUUCUCCCCCAGCUGUCAAACCUGUAUCGCGAAGCGGGCCUGUGAGGCAACCUGAUUUGACACCGGGAGCUACAACUCCGACGGAGAGCACUCAAAUCCCGCUUUUACAACUGCCCGCCAGAUCUAUAUCUGGAAGUAGAUUGGACACUGACCUGGUCCGUGACUCGAAGCUCGAUACGUCAUUCACUGGUGAGGAUGUAGUCUGCCAUACCUCCUAUACAUUCCACCCCAGAAACCGCAACAACCGUAUCGUCGUGGAAGAGAAAUGGAAGGUGGAAAGAUACCUCGGGCGCGGUGGCUUUGGCCAAGUUGAUCUACAAAAGUGCGUGCAAGGACCGAAGGAGGGUGAACUCCGUGCUGUCAAGAAGAUAAUCAAGAAUCCAUAUGAUGACGAAACCAAGAAGAUCAAUUAUGAUCGGGAGCUUGAGGCGAUUGCCAAGUUUUCUCAUGAGAAGGCAAUACGUCCAUUGCUUUGCACGCUCGUUUGGAUGCACAUGCGAGGUCGCUUCCCGGAAAUUGAGGUUGGACAAAUCACCUCUCAAAUUCUGGAGGGUCUCAGUUAUAUGCAUGAUAACGGAUUUGCUCACAGGGACUUGAAGCCUGCUAAUAUCCUCGUCAAAGAACGGUCGCCGAAUUGGUGGGUGAAGAUCAGCGAUUUUGGAAUCUCCAAGCGUGCCAGCGGUGACCACACAGCGUUGCACACCCUUGUUGGGACGCCACGAUACCUUGCCCCAGAGGUGAUGAGAAUCUUCUCCCCAGAGGAUACGGAUGAUCUGGACAGUGAGACCAUGGCUUAUACCGUGGCAAUCGACCAGUGGGCGCUAGGGGCCAUCGCGUUUCAACUCCUCGCCAGCAGAGAUCCGUUCCCGCAACCGCGCUCUCUUCAGACCUACGUACAUGGCAAGGAGCCAUUCCCCUCUAGUGUUUUGACAGAAUUGCGAGUAAGCGAGUCAUGUAUAGAGUUUCUGAAGGCCCUGCUUGCACCAAUACCUUCCCGCAGACUAAAUACAAACACUGCUUUGAAACAUCCAUGGUUAGAACAGAUCAGCCAAUCCCCCCAGCUCUUAGACCAAAGUGUUACAUUGAUAGAGGAAGAAUUUUCUCUUAUUCAAUUUGAUACAUUAACUGCAAGUAUAUCGUGGACCGAGGCGCUUCAAAAGCCUUGA